GUCGAAGAAGAAACGCGAAGAAUCGAAGAGCUUCUUCGGGAGAUCAGAUCCAUGCUGUGGAACUUGUGCGAUAAAUUUCGGGACAUACUUGAAACGUUACCCGAAGAUCAAGGAGAAAUUCAGGAUCCGCUACUGCUUAUAGAAGUAAUAAAUGAUAAAAUCAAUAAUGUGAUUGAAACUUUAGGUGGCCCGGAGAAGUAUCUUGAAGUUCUAAACGAAAUGCUGAUCGACAAGGUAGAAACAGUAUCAGUUGCAACCACAUCAGCAGAAGGAAAAGCAAUGCGUGAAAAAGAAGGGCAGCUUUUCUCAAGAUUUCCAUCAUCGGUAACACCGGCCGCCGCACCAUCCGAAGAUGAAGAAGAUGUGCCAUCUAGAAGUAUUCUUAAAAAGCAAGCACAACAAUUGGUCGACAUUAAAAGUCGUAGAAAAGGAUUUACAUUUAGAAGAUGAAUUGUUAGUAACACUUUUAAUAUUUAUUAGCUAAAUCGUUAAUAAUUAGCAAGACGUCAUUUUAGGAUUCUAA